AGGCAAUUUGAGCUUAUGAUUCGAUUAUCAACUAAUGAACAUCCAAAGUAUAUUGUCAUUUGCACAAUUUUUUGCCUCCUUUUCUUUUCUGUAUUGUUUUUUAUCAUUAUUUCUUUCUUUCUUUCUCUCUUUUGUUUGUUUAUUUAUUUUGCUUCUAUAACAACAACGAGGCUGGUCCUAUUUCUUUUUCUUUUCAUCAAGAAUUCAUGUAACUUUCUUUAUACACGUUUGAAUUAUGUUACCAUUAUCCAUGUCCGCAGAAGCUUCAAUGAAAGCACUCAUGAAUGAAGCUUCGCAGUGUCUAAACUCUGGAAAACUAAAGGUAGUCUGUGCUAAAAGCAAGGAGAUAAUGACAAUUCUUUAGCAAUCUUAUGAACUAUACAUUAAAGCAUUACUAUCAGCAGUUAAAGAAUUCAAGCAAUUAGAAUUCAUCAAUCAAUAUGCAAAAAAGAACAAUUUGUCU